UCCUCUCUCUCUCUCCCCCCAUUUUUGUUCAACGCUCUGUUUCUCCUUCCCCCUAUUCUUCUCCUUAUAUAAAUACGCAAUUCCUCUGUUUGGUUCCCAAGAAAACUCGAAGAACGAAAAAGAUAGAAAAAUGUCAGGAGACAAGGGGUUCAUCGGAUCAAUCGACCAGGGAACCACCAGCACCAGAUUCAUCAUCUACGAUCAUCAUGCCCGUUCCGUUGGAUCUCACCAGGUCGAGUUCACUCAGUACUAUCCCGAAGCUGGAUGGGUGGAACACAAUCCAAUGGAGAUACUGGAGAGUGUCAAACUGUGCGUUGCAAAGGCUGUGGACAAGGCCACGGCUGAUGGGCAUAACGUGGACGCUGGCUUGAAGGCCAUUGGGCUCACGGAUCAGAGAGAGACAACCGUUGUCUGGAGCAAAUCCACUGGUCUUCCUCUCUACAAUGCCAUUGUCUGGAUGGACGCCCGCACCAGUUCUAUCUGCAUGAGACUGGAGAAAGAACUAUCAGGGGGAAGAACUCAUUUCGUCAGAACAUGUGGCCUGCCCAUAAGCACUUACUUCUCAGCGCUGAAGCUGAUUUGGUUGAUGGAAAAUGUGGAUGCUGUCAAAGAGGCUAUCAAGAAAGGGGAUGCACUCUUUGGCACCAUCGACACAUGGUUGAUCUGGAACAUGACCGGCGGUGUGGACGGUGGGUUGCAUGUCACUGACGUCACUAACGCAUCUCGAACUAUGCUGAUGAACCUCAGGACCCUCAGCUGGGACAACGAUGUCCUGAAGACCCUCGGCAUUCCAGCCGAGAUCCUGCCCAAAAUCGUCAGCAACUCUGAAGUCAUUGGAAAGAUCUGCAAAGGAUGGCCUAUUCCCGGUAUCCCGAUAGCUGGGUGCCUCGGUGAUCAGCAUGCUGCCAUGCUUGGACAAGCUUGCAGGAAAGGUGAGGCCAAGAGUACUUACGGAACUGGAGCGUUCAUCCUUCUGAACACGGGCGAGGAAGUGAUCAAAUCAGGACACGGGCUUCUCACCACGAUUGCUUACAAGCUCGGUCCAGAAGCCCCGACAAACUACGCACUCGAGGGCUCGAUUGCAAUUGCAGGAGCUGCUGUUCAGUGGCUAAGAGACAGUCUCGGGAUAAUCCAAAAGGCCAGUGAUAUCGAGGAACUGGCAAAGCAGGUGGAGACAACAGGAGGUGUGUACUUUGUGCCGGCGUUCAAUGGUCUGUUUGCUCCGUGGUGGAGGGAAGAUGCUCGAGGGGUGUGCAUUGGGAUCACAAGGUUCACGAACAAGGCUCAUAUAGCAAGAGCGGUGCUUGAGAGUAUGUGUUUCCAAGUGAAUGACGUUCUGGACUCGAUGAACAAAGACGUUGGUGAAAAGGGAACAGUAAAGAGCGAGAAAGAGUUCUUGCUAAGAGUGGAUGGAGGAGCCACAGCUAACAACCUUCUGAUGCAGAUUCAGGCUGAUCUGUUGGGGAGUGCAGUGGUGAGACCGGCGGACAUAGAGACAACGGCACUAGGAGCAGCGUACGCAGCCGGGCUGGCGGUAGGGUUCUGGAAGGAAGAGGAUAUAUUUGAAUCGGGGGAGAAGGCGAAGAACGCAGCAGCCAUGUUCAAGCCGGUGUUGGACGAGGAGACCAGGAAGAAGAAGGCUGAUUCUUGGGCCAAAGCUGUUGAGAAGACUUUCAAUCUGGCUGAUCUCUCCAUCUGACCUGACUGAAAAUGGUGUCUCCUCUGUCUUUCUAACUCUUCCGUCUGAAUCUUCUCCUUUGGCUCUUAAUGUCUGUUUGCGUCUUCCAUUUCAUAUAAUCACUGUGUUAACACCUUCUUUAUGAGAAAAUGUUUAAUGGGUAAGUUUGGUUUAUAUCCAACUCUAAAUUAAUAUUACGCCUUUAUUAGUUCA